UUUUCAGAGCUUCAAGCUUCCUGUCUCCCCCGCUGUGUUUUUUAUCGGUGGACCAGCCCGAGAUGGAGGUUGGGAGGGGGUGCUUAGCAGAGGAGAGAGGGAGAACAGCAUUUUGAAACCCAGCUGAUCAGAGCUGUGGUAUUCUGCCACCGAGGCAGAGGCAGGGGGAGCGUGACUGGAAAAAGAAAAGAGAAGGCACCUGAAGAAUUUAUGAUUUUAAGACGGAGGUUUUACAAAUUGAAGAGGGGGAAUAUAAAUGAUUUUUUAUUUCAUUGGCAUCUGCGAACUCAUGUGAAGAAAGAACCUCUGUGGGAAGAUGUGAGAGCCUUUGGCAGGGUGGAAAUCUAAGGAGAAACGCACAGAAAAGGGUUUACGUCAGGCCCUGGAAAACAGUUCAGGGAGUCCUUUGAUUCGAGAGAGGGUUGAAUAGCCCCCGUGGAAAGAGGAGUGAUGUCUUGGCUGUCACCCGUGUCAUGGGCCAAAUGGACGUGGACGGCAGUGCGAGGGGGAGAGGGAGAGGAGGAUGAAGAGGGGCAUGAAGCCAGUGAAGAGAGGCAGCAACUUGAAGAGGAGGAGGAGGAGGAGGAGGAGGAGAGAUCUCAAAGCUACAGCUCUGACUCAGAGAGUCAUUUUGAAACUCCUGAAGCAUCGACUCCUGUCCACUCUCCUUCAACCUUCCCCGAAGAGCUGGAGAACAACAACACUGAUGCAGACAAAACAGAUGUGGAUCAGGAGGAGCAGCUAAUAGUGACUGCUCCUGUGUUGGAUCAGGAUUUUUGGCUCAGCCACAACAUGGGUCAGGAUGAGCCUGUGGCGCCCAUGGGUGGCCUUCUGGAGGUAAACUUUGAGACUCUGCCCGCACGGCAACCAGAGAAUCUCCCAGAGGCCUUGGGCUCUGCCCCUGCACCAUCAUUAGUGAAUGAAAAGCCUGAAGUGCCUGAAUGCACAGCUGUAUCCUCUGAGCCAUUCCAAGACCCGGCGCCUGUCCUAGUUGCAGCUCCAGAUACAGUUCUAGAUCCAGCUCUAGCUCUAGAUCCAGCUUUAGAUACAGCUUUAGAUACAGCUCUAGAUCCAGCUUUAGAUACAGCUUUAGAUACAGCUCUAGAUCCAGCUCUAGAUCCAGCUCUAGAUACAGCUUUAGAUACAGCUCUAGAUCCAGCUCUAGAUCCAGCUUUAGAUACAGCUCUAGAUACAGCUCUAGAUACAGCUCUAGAUCCAGCUNCAGCACCAGAACCCAUUAUCACAGAACCAGUUUCUAAACCAGCACCAGAACCCAUUAUCACAGAACCAGUUUCUAAACCAGCACCAGAACCAGUUUCUAAACAAGCACCAGAACCCAUUAUCACAGAACCAGUUUCUAAACCAGCACCAGAACCCAUUAUCACAGAACCAGUUUCUAAGCCAGAACCAGAACCAGUUUCUAAACAAGCACCAGAACCCAUUAUCACAGAACCAGUUUCUAAACAAGCACCAGAACCCAUUAUCACAGAACCAGUUUCUAAACCAGCACCAGAACCCAUUAUCACAGAACCAGUUUCUAAACAAGCACCAGAACCCAUUGUCACAGAACCAGUUUCUCUACCAGUGUCAGAACCGGUUUCUGAUCUUCUUCCAGAAACUGCUUUGCCAGUUUCAGACUCAACUGCAACUCUUAACGUAGACGAUAUUCCUAUCCCUAAAUCAGGAGCCUAUAACUUCGAUCCCAAUCAGUGGGACGACCCCAACUUCAAUCCGUUUGGUAGCAACAGCACAGCGAGCACCUCUCCAGUGCUCCCUAAGAGCUCCUACAGUUUUGAUCCAGACAAUUUUGACGACUCUGUGGACCCUUUUAAAUCCUCCAAAAAUACUACCAACGAGGACUCGUCCAGCAGUGCCCCUCAGCCGGAGAAGAAAGUGAAAGACGUGGGCAAACCUAAAGUAGUGAAACCGGCGGGAGAGAAGAAAGCCAGGCAGAUUCCCAAGAAAGAAAAAGAGAGGGCAGUCGACCCGGGGACCUCUGAGCAAGUCAAGUUUCUCUGUUUUCUGUUGAACUCCUGUAAAGUUCAGAAAUAUGAUGAGAGCCAGUCCUUGGUGCUUGAAGUGUGCGAUCAGGAGAAGGAGGAGGAGGAGGAGGUGGUGGCCUCGACCCCAGAGAUCACUCAGCGAGUUCAUCACGCCACUGAUGAGGAGAAGCUCGCCUGCACCGGCAUGUUGGGCCAGACCGCAGACAUCCAGGAGGAGAGAGGAGAACCCCAGUGCAACAAAGCACCUCUGAAAAAACAGACAGUCGAUAAAUCAAUCGAUGAUAUAUGUCUUAAGGAUGGUCCUGAGACAAAGAUUACAGAUCACCCAGAGGAGAAGGAAAUCUACAGUCUGAAAAGUGAUAUAAGUGAGAUGUCCAUGAAGCUUUCUACAAAGAUGGCCAGCAGUGAGGGCUCAGACGCUGCCGCCCUGUCCCAAGACCACAUCUCUCUGAGUGAGAUGGACAAGGCCGCAGUGCUCACCCUGAUCAGAGAGGAGAUCAUCACUAAGGAGAUUGAGGUCAGUGAGUGGAAGAAGAAGUAUGAGGACAGCAGAUUGGAGGUUUUGGAGAUGAGGAACAUAGUUGCAGAGUAUGAGAAAACAGUUGCACAGAUGAUUGAGGACGAGCAGAACCAGAAGACUCUGUCCUGCAGUAAGUCUGUCAGACAGUUGACCUUGGAGAGGGACCAGGCAAUAGCCGACCUCAACUCUGUGGAGCGCUCCUUCGCUGACCUCUUCAGGAGGUACGAGAACAUGAAGGGGGUCCUGGAGGGCUUUAAGAAGAAUGAGGAGAUGCUGAAGAGGUGUGCGCAGGACUACCUGAUGCGGAUCAAGCAGGAGGAGCAGCGAUACCAAACCCUCAAGGUGCACGCUGAGGAGAAACUGGACAAGGCUAACGAGGACAUAGCACAGGUACGUGCCAAGGCCAAUUCUGAGGGCGUGGCACUGAGCGCCAGUCUGAGGAUGGAGCAGAUGAAGGCGGAUUCACUAGAAAGAGCCGUCCUUCAAAAGAAUCAAGAGAUUGAGGAGCUCACUAAGAUCUGCGACGAACUGAUCGCCAAACUGGGACCAGAUUAAGUGGCCUUAACUCAAACUCUCACUGCAACAUUCAUGUAAAUACUGUACAUGAUCACACAUAAGCACACUUUUCUUUUUUCCGGCUCAUAUGUAUUUGAAAAAUACAUUUAAAAUCCAGACCGCUUGCUCCUUUCAAACUAGAAUAUGAAAGCAGAGCAAUAAUCUGUCAUAGUGUUAAUCAUGUCAUCGCAGUGGAAGAAGCACAAAGUCAAUAUGAGGUGAAUUGAAUUAUUCCUAAAGAGAUUUUUUUAUAUUUGGUGAAAGAUUUACAGUAAAGGCUUGUUUUAUUCUUCAAGCAUUCAACAGUUUUUUGACCGUUCUUGUUUUUAAAUGUAUUUGCAUUUGUUCUUUUACAAAGAAUUUCCAUUAACGUUUGAAACAGCACACUUCAUACAAAUCUGUAGGAAACUAAGGAUAAUACAUAUGGGGACACAGCACAGAUGAAUUUUAGCACAGUGUGUCCUUGAUUGAUUGAUUGAUUGAUUGAUUGAUUGAUUGAUUGAUUGAUUGAUUGAUUGAUUGAUGAAGAAAAGACACAUCUCUCUAUGGAGAGCCUAAACUGAUUUUAUGGCGCUUUUCCACUGCAGGACCUUGCACAGCUUAGUACGGUAUGGUUAGGCCUUGGUUGGCCAGGCUCACGUUAUGCUGCAUUUCCAUUACAGUUUACCAACUGGGGUAGUAACUAUAGUAACGCAGUGUAGGCGGGGCGAUCGGCUGUUCGGC